AUGAGAAUCAUCAAAAUUUUACUACUCUUUUGCAUCAUCUCUUCAGUUUUUACACAACUUCCUUCUGAUGCUCCACAACCUGGUCAACGUAAGAUCCUUUAAUCUAGUUUAUUUAGCUGACUCAAGUAGCUCUAGUCCUCCAUAAGGUGCCCCAACUGGUUUACAAGGAUAAUAAAAUACAGCUGGUAAUUCAUAAUCUCUUAUAACUUUAAGGUGGCCAAUAACCAGGAGGAUAACAAUAAGGAGGUAUGCAAUAAGGUGGAUAAUAACCUGGUGGAAGGGCCAAGAAAUGCUAACCAACAUAAGCACAACAAGGAUUAUAACAAUAAGGAUAAUAAUAAUAAUAAGGACAAUAAUAAUAACCUAGUUAAUAAACUGUGCCUGGAAAUCAACUUCCUGGUUAAUAAGUUUAAUAAUAACCAUCUGGCACAUAAACAACAUAAGAGUAACAUGGUACAGGAUAAUUUCCUAGUGGAACAUAACAAUCUGGUGGAUUUUAGUAACCAGGAGGAGUCUAAUAACCAGGUUAAUCAGGUGGAGUUUAAUAACCAGGUGGAUUUUAAUAACCAGGUGGAGUCUAAUAACCAGGUGGUGUUUAACAACAAGGUGGAGUCUAAUAACCAGGUGGUGUUUAAUAACAAGGCGGAAUUUAAUAACAAGGUGGAGUUUAAUAACAAGGUGGAGCCUAAUAACCAGGCGGUGUUUAAUAACCAGGUGGAGCCUAAUAACCAGGCGGUGUUUAAUAAUAAGGUGGAGUUUAAUAAUCAGGUGGAGUCCAAUAACAAGGCGGUGUUUAGAAACCAGGCGGUGUUUAAUAACAAGGUGGUUAAUAGUAAUAAGGAGGGUAAUAUCCUGGACAAUAAUAAGGAGGUUAGCAAUAAGGAUAAAUGGGAUAAGGCCAAGGUUAGAUGGGUUAAGGACAAGGAUAAGGAUAAGGACAAGGAUAAAUGGGUUAAGGAUAAGGAUAAAUGGGUUAAGGAUAAGGUUAGGGAUAAGGACAAGGAUAAGGUUAGGGAUAAGGAUAAGGAUAAGGAUAAGGUCAAGGAUAAGGAUAAGGAUAAGGAUAAGGAUAAGGAUAAGGAUAAGGAUAAAAACCUUAAGGGCCACCUUAAUCAAAAGGAUAAUGGACUCAAGAUUCAGAAUAAUAACAACAAUGUAUUGAAGUUGAAGUGACUUGUGCUGAAAAUGAAAUAGUGUUCAAAGAUAGAUGUGUCGCCUCCACCUGCGAAAAUUUGGAUAAAGUUCAAAGCAAACAAGAAGGUGGAAAAAAGAAGUUACCAAUGAAAUUUGAUGGAAAAGCUGACUUCAAUGACAAUAAAGAUGUUGUUGUAUAAUUAGCAUUCCCUGAUAACAAAGAUAAACCACUUAUUAAAUCAGACGGAAAUGCCAAUGCUUGUAUAGAAAGAUAAAUUUACAGAUAUAGACCAAGUUUCUUAAGUGAAACAUUAGAUGAUUCAACUGUUACAAGCAGUUAUGACGAUGAUAAACAAUUAAGAAUUUGGGAAUUCACAAUCUUGAAUGCAGACAUAGAUAGUAAAUUAUUCAAAGAUGAAUAAACCGAUAAAGUUGUCUAUACUGGUUACUAUUCAGUCAAACUAACAAUAUAGGAGAAGAAAUUAGUUUAAUUCUUCUUUACAUUCUUUGUAGCAGUUGACUUGGAUGGAAAUGUUUUAACAGCUCAAGCCACAUCUGAAGCCUAAGAUGAUACUCCUGCUUGUGCAACUGAAGAUAAUUGUGUUUCUAGAGCAGAAACUGAAGUAGGAUUCUGCAGUGAUCAAACCUGUUCAACCCUUGUUGAAUAACCAUAAGUAUAUGCUGGUUAAAAUUUCUAUGUUGUUUAAAGAGUAAAAUAAACUGGAUUUGAAUAAUGGAAAGUUGGAGAUGCUGAUGUUACUAUAACUGGUGAUGGAGUGAAUAAGAAAUUGAAGCCCACUUAAUAGUAAAAACAACCAGGAUAAACUAUUUAUACCCUAAAUAUUGAUAUUCUUGCUAAUAAUGUUGAGUUCUCAGUUAAUGGUAAACUUGAAGAUCCAAAUUCAACUAGGAGAUUCAGAUUUUUAGAAGAUGCUUCUACAAUUGAUGGUGCUGAAGUUUCCUCUGCGAAAGCUGUUGGUUCAACUACUUUAGAAUGCAUAAAGAAAGAUGCUAAUUCUUCAUGCCCAACCAUUGAAGAAGCGAAAGCAUACAACAAACCAGAUUGUGGAACUAUUGGAUAGGUAGAAUGUGAAAGCAAUAAUAAUUAAAUCUGGUCUUUUGUAAUGUUUGCCAUUAUCAUGCUAGUUCAAUGA